UAUUUUACAAGUUAAUGAAAGUUCUUGAAACUGUUUUGAUAUUGUUGUUUUAGCAAUCACUCCUUGAUCCAUGCCCACCCAUAUAUCCUUGAUGGAGUUUUUAUCUGAAAUUUUAUAAUGGUGAGGUUUUUUCAUGGAUCAAGUUUAUUUGUCUGUCUUGGUGGAGAACGCUAAUUGAUUUAUGUGUUUCUAUGUCUUUCCAAUACACUAAGACAUGAAUCAUGGAUCUGUAAUUUCAUAUAUCCUCUAAUGUGUUUCGAACAUUAGAUGCCGAUGUGUUUAAAUUUUUCCAAAAAUGUAAUACCUUUUGUUAAUUUGAAAUGAUUGAACAUUCGUGCUUAAUAUACCAUAUACUCUAAAUACUUAAAAAUAUGCACCGGCUGAAGCAAGUCGCAUUAAUUGGAAAUUGGUGACGUUAAGAUCUAAAAACCGGAUUCCAGAUUUUGUGAACCUAUGAAUCAGUAUACUUUGUUCCGUUACUCCGGUAAGAAGAAAUGCUUCGGUUCCAGACCACCAAAAUGUUAUGAUAAUAUAUAAUCCUGAAAAUCUAUGGGAUUCUUGUUAAAGUAGCCUAUAUAUUUCAUCCUCAUGGUGGAAAUGAGGAUGAUUUUCUUACUUUUUUGUCUUGAUUAAUUAAUUUCUUCUAGUACUUCAUUAAAUGCAAACAAUCCCUACUUAUGAUUAUAUAUACAUAUGUUUUGUUGUAGAUGUUUAGGUGGAAGAUAGUAAAUGUUUUCUAAAUCAAAUCAGACACGUGCACUUCAAUUAUCCAAAAAUCUAAUAAGCAUAUCAUGUGAAAGGAUUGCUUGCUUUUCUAUUUGAAGUAAGUUGAUGUGUAUGAAGCUGGUGGUUUUAUUAAAUAAUCCGCUUAUUAUGGUUUAUUAUCUAAUGGCUCAGUAUGGAUUCGGUCUAAUGAAAAAUUUAGAAGUCCUUUAAUUAGAAAACUUGUAUGACCAGAUUCGAACAUUUCUUUUUACGAAAUGAUUGACAUGUAAUAUACAUAGGAUCAAUUUAUGUAAAUGUUAUUUCUGUGUCAUCAACAAUUGAUAUGUAAAAUUGCUGGUGUGAUGAUUCACUUUGCUGUUGCAUACAUGUUCAUAGACUGGUUGUCAAUUUUAAUGCUUUUUUGUAUUACCGAAGACCAAAGGGUCAUCCCAAAUUUAUCAAAAUCUUGAACGCUUUGGCCAUUCAUUUCACUCAUCUGUCUGUAGCAGUACUUACCAACUAUGCAUUGCAUAUCUAUUUGAUAUAUAAAGCAGCCUUUUCUGCACCAAGUUUAUUCAAUCCAAGGAUCGCAACUGACAGUUCAGUCUGAAUAUUAUCUAUUUUUAUACUGUUUCUGGAGGAUUGAAAGCUGCUGUUGUAUAUUAAAUAUGCCUUCAUGGUGGCCAAAAUCUUCCAAAGAUGUGAAGAAGAAAUCAAAUGUAGAAAGUUUCAUUGGUUCAUGGCACAGGAAAUGCAUUAGACCUGGAGCUCCUCGUAGACAUCGUAGUGAUACUACCUCACAGAAGAUAUCUAGGGCAGAUUCACUGUCCCCAUCACCAUCCAAACAAGUAUCACGUUGUCAGAGUUUUGGUGAGAGGCCCCAGGCCCAACCACUUCCCCUUCCAGGUAGCCAUUUUACUAAUAGUUACCAUGCUGAUUCUGGGGACAGAGCAUCAAAAGGACCAUCAGUUGAUAGAGGUUCCAAAACCGCGGUCUUCCAUCCCCUUCCAAAACCUGGGCAUGGAAAAAUUGGGAAACGUGCUGAAGUUGGUGAAAGGGACCUGGCAACUGCUUCUAGUUCUAGUGAUAGUUCCAGUGAUACUGAUGAUCCAUCUGACUCACGUCUCCUAAGCCCUCAAGCUUCUGAUUAUGAGAAUGGAAUUAAAUCUGAUGCAGCUAGUCCUUCUGGAUUGAAGCAAAGGGAUCAGUUUCCCUUUGCCAAGAAAAAGAGUUCAAAAGAGAUGUCACCGGCAGCUGAUAUUUUGUUGCAUUGUCGAACUAGCCCUGAAUCACCUAAUCAGAGGCCUGUAGAUGCUAAAGUUGCUCGUAUAAAAGUUCCUCAUCUAAGCGUUCCUAACAGCUCAAUGUCGAGUCCUUCUAGAAGUCCAAUGAGGGGAUUUUGUCAUGAGCCUAUCAUGAAUGGUGGUUUCUGGCUAGGAAAACCAUAUGCAGAUUUACCUAUUCUAGGAUCUGGACACGGCUCGAGUCCGAGUUCUGUCCACAAUUCAGGGCACAACUCUUUCGCAGGAGAUGGAACAUGCCAGCUCUUUUGGCCGAACAGCAGGUGCAGUCCUGAAUGUUCACCAUUACCUAGCCCAAGAAUGACGAGCCCUGGUCCCAGCUCAAGAAUACACAGUGGUACAGUGACGCCUCUGCAUCCUUGUGCUGGGGGGCCGUCAGCUGAGUCGCCUACAGCAUGGCUUGAAGAUGGAAGGCAACAGAGCCAUCGGCUGCCUCUUCCUCCAAUAACAAGUUCUAAUGCUUCCUCAUUCACUCCAUCAUAUUCAGCAGGAACUUCUCCCAGGAUUACACGCAGUCCUGGUAGGACAGAUAAUCCUCCAAGCCCAGGUUCACGCUGGAAGAAAGGACGCCUACUUGGCAGAGGAACAUUUGGACAUGUUUAUCUGGGCUUUAAUAGUGAAAGUGGUGAGAUGUGUGCAAUGAAGGAGGUUACAUUAUUCUCUGAUGAUGCUAAGUCAAGGGAAUCUGCUCAGCAACUUGGUCAGGAAAUUGCACUCUUAAGUCGCCUCCAUCAUCCAAACAUUGUGCAAUAUUAUGGAUCUGAGACAGUAGACGACAAACUCUAUAUAUACCUUGAGUUUGUGUCCGGUGGUUCUAUUUACAAAAUUCUCCAAGAGUAUGGGCAGUUGGGUGAAGCAGCAAUCAGAAGUUAUACCCAACAGAUAUUAUCUGGGUUGGCUUAUUUGCAUGGCAAAAACACAAUUCACAGGGACAUAAAAGGAGCAAAUAUUCUUGUUGACCCUAAUGGGCGGGUAAAAUUGGCAGAUUUCGGGAUGGCGAAACAUAUAACUGGGCAGUCCUGUCCUUUGUCGUUUAAAGGAAGCCCAUACUGGAUGGCACCUGAGGUCAUAAAGAAUACGAGUGGUUGUAACCUUGCGGUGGAUAUAUGGAGCCUUGGAUGCACUGUCCUGGAGAUGGCUACGACAAAACCACCUUGGAGUCAAUACGAAGGGGUUGCUGCUAUGUUUAAGAUUGGAAAUAGCAAGGAACUUCCAGAAAUUCCCAAUCAUCUCUCAGAAGAGGGGAGGAGUUUUGUGAGGCAGUGUUUGCAGCGUAAUCCAUCUCAUCGACCUACAGCGGCUCAACUCCUGGAUCAUCCUUUUGUAAAAAAUUCUGUUUCUCUGGAGAGACCUGUUCUGAUUGCUGAUCCUAAGGAAUCAAUACCUGUCCUCACACAUGCAGUCAGAGCACUGGGUUUUGGACAUUCCAGAACACCUCCUUGUUUGGACUCAUCAGGAACCGUCAAUCAUUCUAAAACCCCAAAAACUGUUCCUGGAUUUAGUGAUGCCUAUAUGGCUAGAAACAACACUUGUGCUGUACCUCCAGUUGCAACUGCUCGUUCUAGUUCGCGAUCUCCACAGCACAUAAAUGGAAGAUUAUCGCCAUCUCCAAUAUCAAGCCCUCGGGCUGCAUCUGGUGCCUCAACUCCUCCAGGUGGUGGCAACCUCAGUACUCUUCCUCAAUACAAUUUGAAGAAUUUGCAUGAAGGCAGUGGUAUGGUAGCUAUGCCCCAAAAUGCCUUCCCUGCACAUGGAAAUGGGUCUCAGGAGCAUAAGCCUGAUAUAUUUCGAGGACUCAUUCAAGCUCAUUUGUCCUUGGAAUCCGUUUCACGGGAUAAUGAUAUCCGUGGAAACAAGGUUGAACGCCCUGCUGUGCAUGGUAAAAAAGAACAGUUAUAUGAUUCACAUCUAGUUUUAGCUGACCGGGUGUCACAGCAGCUCUUGAGGAAUCCAGUGAGAUUAAAUCAAGGUUCAGAACUAAAGCCAAGUUCUUCGCUGCCUAGUCACAGAAAUAGAGGUUAAUGAAGUGCAUUAUGAAGCAAGUUGUAACUUAUGGACUAACGAAACAAUAUUUUUAGUAUAUUCUUUUUCUUUCUUGAAAAGGAGGGAAAGUCUAGCCCAGAUUCUGAAGAUGUAAGAAGCUGGCUGGUGUAGAGAACUGUAUAUUUUGUAGAUGUUUUCCGACUUAGGAAAAGGUAGAGAGAAAGAUGGGAAUUGUUUUUAGAUUUGGUAGUUAUAUUUUGCAUUUUGAAUCUUUUCCCCUGUCCUCUGCUACUACAGGAAGUGUUUUGUCAGUCUCUCUACAAUUUUGUAUAUUUUAUAGGACUACAAAAUUUUGAUGAGGCUGUGUGAGAUAGGUUAUGAUUCUUAUGGAUAGAGCUCAUAGACAAUUCUGAUGGGUAUCUGAAAAUAUAGUGUAUUCCUAUUGCCA